AUGGGUUUGAUCGUAGCGAAAUUAUGGCGAUUAUUUUGGUCAGGUAAAGAGCACAAGAUAAUCAUUGUUGGACUCGAUAAUGCUGGAAAAACUACCAUCUUAUACAACUGGGUGACUGGAGAUGUAGUGGAUACGAAGCCCACAAUCGGAAGUAACGUGGAAGAGGUGAACUACCGCAAUCUACGAUUAGUGAUGUGGGAUAUUGGUGGUCAAGAAAGCUUACGAAACUCGUGGUCGUCUUAUUAUACGCAUACAAAUGUUAUGGUUGUUGUGAUUGAUAGUACAGAUGCCGCAAGGCUACCUCUCAUAAAGCAACUACUAUAUGAAAUGCUUGCGCAUGAAGAUUUAGCAAAAGCGUCCUUGUUGGUGUUAGCGAAUAAGCAGGACAAACCAAAUGCAAGAUCCGCAGCUGAAAUCUCCAGUGAUCUUGGCCUUCUAAAUAUGAAGACUAGGAGGUGGCAAAUCCAUGGAUGUUCGGCCAUUAAAGGCGAGGGUCUUAACACAGCACUGGACUGGAUAGCGAAUAAUAUAACAGAGUUAAUUCAAAAAAAAAUCCAAAUAUCGGCACCAUCUUGCAAGAAGUAG